AUGUCAACUCGCCCAAAUCUAAGAGCAGCCAUCCUUAUAGUCUCGACAACAGCCUCUCAAGACCCCACUGCCGACUCUUCUGGUCCCCUCCUGCAAGACGUCUUCGCUCAAGAAGGCGGCGCAAAAUGGGAAGUGGUAGAGACGAAGAUUGUCGGCGAUGUGGUGCUUGAUAUCCAGCGCUCUAUGAUGGGAUGGGCAGAUGGGGAGGAUCCUGUGAACCUGAUCGUUUCAACUGGCGGUACGGGGUUUGCUGUGAGUGAUAGUACGCCUGAGGCUGUUACUCCACUGUUACAUAAACAGGCGCCUGGAUUGGUCCAUGGAAUGCUUGCGGCUUCGCUGGCUGUUACUCCCUUUGCGUUAAUGUCUAGACCUGUUGCUGGUAUGAGGAGCAGGACGAUUAUAAUAACUCUGCCAGGAUCGCCGAAAGGUGCCAAAGAGAAUCUUCAGUCGGUGCUGAAGCUCUUGCCUCAUGCUUGCCUUCAAGCAGCUGGAGCAGACUCGAGGUCCCUUCAUGCUGGAGGCGUCAAGAAACUAGAAAAAGAUGCUGGGAUCAGCGCUUCGGGCUCCGAUAGUCACUUUCACAGCCAUGAUCACUCGCUUGCUCGUUCCCAUGGCGGAAAUCAUGGCGGCCAUAGCCAUGGCCAUGCCAUGCCUGUUCGACAUACGGCGCAUAGCGAGAAUCCUCUCUCAAAUGACCCCGCCCUUGGUCCAACGCGCAGGAAUCGCUCUUCUCCGUAUCCGAUGUUAGCCGUGGAUGAAGCUAUCAAACUCAUCAAAGAACACACACCCGCACCACAGAUGGUUACAAAAGAAGUAAAUGGGUCUUUGGUAGGGUGCGUACUUGCUGAAGAUGUCACAGCUACAGAAGCCGUUCCUGCGUAUCGAGCUAGUAUUGUCGACGGGUAUGCAGUUAUUGCUCCUACAAGUGGCCGUUCCAGCAAAGGCGUAUUUCCAGUAGCAUCAAUCUCUCAUGCCACGCCCGGCGAGAUACCUCCACUGGAGGCUGGUCAAAUCGCACGGAUCACUACUGGAGCCCCUCUUCCUCCAGGUGCAACUUCUGUGGUAAUGGUCGAAGACACGGUUCUCAAGACCAUGACAGAGGACGGCGAGGAAGAGCAUGAGAUUGAGAUUCUAGCAGAGGGUGUCAAGCACGGCGAGAAUAUACGAGAAGUGGGAAGUGACAUCAAGAAAGGGGAAGUCAUUCUCCUUAAAGGAGAAGAAAUUUCAGCCAUCGGGGGCGAACUUGGAUUACUUGCAUCAGUUGGUAGGGCAGAAGUCAAAGUCUAUAAGCGGCCCAUCGUCGGCGUCUUAUCAACGGGAGACGAAAUCGUAGAUCACAGCAGACCUGGCGGCCUAAAUCUUGGCGAAGUCCGAGACUGCAAUAGACCUACGAUCAUGUCUGCGGUGCGAGGCUGGGGAUUCGAAGUAGUGGAUCUCGGUAUUGCUCGAGACAGACCGGGAGAUCUAGAGGGCAGUCUACGUGAUGCGCUUCGCAAAGUUGAUUUUGUCAUUACAUCCGGUGGGGUAUCAAUGGGCGAGCUUGAUUUGUUGAAACCGACGAUUGAGCGCUCGCUUGGGGGUACGAUACAUUUCGGACGAGUCUCGAUGAAGCCUGGGAAGCCGACGACAUUUGCUACGGUACCAGUGAAGAGUAAUGCUGGUGAACGAGUCUCAAAGGUUAUUUUUUCCCUGCCUGGAAAUCCAGUUUCCUGCAUGGUGACUUUUCACCUGUUUGUGUUGCCUUCUCUGCAUCACACGUCUGGUGUAUCCCCAGCUGGCAUGCCGAAGAUCCAAGUCACGCUUGACCACGAGUUCCGCCUCGAUCCUCAAAGAUCAGAAUAUCAUCGUGUCAUUGUUGUCUUGGGAAAAGAUGGCCUCAUGCAUGCUAGCAGUACCGGUGGACAGCGGAGCUCAAGGGUGGGAAGUCUGAAGAGCGCGAACGCUUUGUUGUGCUUGCCGGCCGGGAAAGAGACGCUGAGCCAGGGGACGAAGAUUGAGGCUCUGCUGAUGGGCAAGCUCAAGAGCGAGUUUGAUGUACUUUGA